AUGACCAUGAGACACCUGUUGACACAUGCAGUACAAUCGGACAUGGAAUCAGAAGCUGUGCUCAUUGAGCUCACCACCCUUAUUGAUGAAAGUCCCGAAGCAGUGGAACCGUUCAUAGGGCUCAUAACGGAAUAUUUCUUCGUUCUCGAACGCAUGUCAGUUGACAAUGUCAAAAGACUUUUUCGCGCAGUUUUUCGCCUAUAUGCUGCUAGGCCAUCGACUAUGUCGCAUAAGGAUAAUCUAAUCACAAUGAUUCCAUUGUUACUUCGCUCAGCUGAGCUGGCUGUACUGUUGAGAAUGGAAACUGCUCUAAAACUGGAGGACUCCCCAACAAGAGAGGAAGAUGUGCGAAGUACAUUAGAACUCUUAGACGAAGCGCGUAAUUCGAAUCAGUUUGUGCGAACUUUUUGCUAUGCCGAACUAGCUGAGGUGUUGCGAACUUGUUUUGGAUGUUCGAAGUGCAUAGCUAUGCAUGAAUGGUUGACGGUAUUCAUAGAGGAAUUUCGCUCAGAUUUUUUUACUGAUCGCUAUGAGUUAUUGGGUGAAUUGGAAGGCGAAAGAUAUCUCAACCAAGACUCAAACUUGUGGCUGAAGUGUUCAGAUGGACAGAAUCUUGGCGAGGCCAUACCACUUCUAGAGGCUGCAAUGGAAGCUAUCAAGCUGCAAGAGACAUGGCCUGAAGCGGAUACUAUAGAAGCCACCCAACGAGAUAGAUGGUCCAGGAUUUUCUACGCUCUUAGUGCAAACAUAUGCGUACAAGGAGUCGAUGAAGUAUCAAAAGACGCAUGCGAUACCCUAUUUCGUAUCACACAGUGGAUACGCACAGAGACGAGCACCCACUCCAACGCUAAGGAUCUGGAGGAGCAACGUCUUCUCCACACUCAAGCCAACAUCGCUCGCAUCAACACCCGAUCGCGGACCGCAACACAGGACAACAACGACUCUGCUCGAUCAUCACCUCCAGAGACGAUCUACGUACGUACGUCGCAAGGAGAGAAACCGAUGACGCCAGGAGAGACUUCAACCGUGAAAGGAGAGACCACCCAACUAACAAUUCCGGACCGAGAGAGGUAA